AUGGAAUUCGUUUGGAAAGAUGGUCAAUGGAAUCUCCAUGAUAUUUUCUCUAUCAUUCCAGAAGAUGUCAAACAGCGUUUGAAUGCUUAUAAUCCGGAUUUGAAUGCUGGAGAGAGUUCGGGUUGGUCGUGGGGUAUGGCAUCUUCUAGACUCUACUCAGCUAGGAGUGGGUACAGUUCGCUAGCCAAAAGAAAGUUUGACUGGAAUGAGCAUGAUAAUUGGUUGUGGCUUUAUCUAGCACCUGUCAUCGGUGUCAGAAUAGUUUUGAAUCCAUUCUUCAUUGUCUUCGGGAGUGCCCUAGUGCCAAGGAGAGGUGCAAGGAGUGGAGAUGCUUUUCUUUUCUUUUCGACUAUCUGGUGGAUUUGGAGAAGCAGAAAUCAUGACUUAUUUAAUAUAGAUGAUUCAUGGAGUGCUAGUAAAGUGGUGAGUUUGAUUCGUAGUUCAGUAAGGGAGUUUCACACUAUUUUUGCUAUGCAUCAAUCUCUGUCUCCUCCUUCACUUUGUUUGCAUUGGGUUCCACCUCCAGUUCAUUCUGUUAAAUUGAAUUGUGAUGCUAGUUGGUUUGCUCCUUCUGGCUAUACUGGUUUUGGUUGUAUUAUUCGCAAUCCUGAUGGAUGUUGGUUGAAAGGUUGCACUGGAAAAGUCAAAGUGUGCAGUGUUCUUUUUGCUGAAUUGUAUGCAAUUUGGAGAGAUUUACUUCUUGCUUGGGAGAGUGGAUUUCGUGAGGUUAUUUGUGAAACAGAUUGUUUAGAAGCUCUUUUCUUGGUAAACCAAAGAAUGCUUAGUAAGGAUAUUCUGGAAUGGGAUUUGGCAAAGCAUAUUCAGGAGGUUAUGAAUUGGAAUUGGAGAGUCUCUAUUCUUUUAAUUCAGAUGACUGCAAAUAUAGUGUUGCAGAUUGUAUGGCUAAAGCAGCUGCUUCUGUCGCGGACAUUCACUCGAAUUGGAGCCAACCAUGGAGUGAGCUUCAACAUCUAA